AUGAGUGAGGAUAGGGACAAGUUCAGGGAGUAUGAGGCUAAUCAUACGGGAACUGAGAUCAUCAUUGCCAACAGCAGUAGAAGAAAUAGAGAGAAUAUGGGUUUUGACCUCACAUUCGGCAACAGUCCGGAAGGAGAAAGAGGGGUGGAGCAUACAAGCGAUUUUGUGUUACAUCUGCUUGGAGAUGGUAACGAUUCAGAGAUAGAAGGUUUAGAUUAUGAUGAAGAAUUGCCGUUCCAAAGGCCGUCAAACCCUGCUGCUAGUCAGAUUUCGUCAUCCCCAAUACCUACGCCACGUCGUCCUAGAAAUGUGGCCCAAAACCGUUCCGAAGGUAGAAGAAGAAUUUGGAGACAGUUACCAUUCAAUCAAAAACAACAUGACUAUCUACCACGAAUGCGUCCAGAUACUGUCAGACCCAUGGAAUAUUUCAAUGACUACUUCGAUGAUGAGUUUUUUGAUCAAGCUGCGGUAUGUACCAACAACUACUACAUGCGUCGCACAAGCCGGAUCCUAAAUACCAACCCAAUUGAACUAAAAAAGCUGAUUGAACUUCAUUUGAUCAUGGGCGUCAUCCCAUACCCACGGCUUUACAUGUAUUGGCGAGAUGGGAUGCGCUUAGACAUGGUGUUCGCCACCAUCAUGGCCAGAGAAAGAUUCAAGACCCUGCGUUCAGCAUUGCAUGUCGUCGAUAGUGACACAGCUCCAAUAGGUGACAGCAACACACUUUGGAAAGUCCAACCAAUACUCAACUGGGUCAAACAGGCUUGUGACCGAAUAGAAAGACAGCCGGGAUUUUUUUCCAUCGACGAACAAAUGCUUCCUUUCAGCGGUGUUUGUUCACGUGGGCUGCGACAGGUGAUUAAAAGUAAGCCUCGACCCCAAGGCUUAAAAAUGUUCGUGGCCAUAACUCACGAAGGUCUCAUGAUAGAUUUCGAAGUCUACAGAGGUGCUAACACUCCGUUCGGGGACAGAACUUUGGGGGUUGGAGCGUCGAUAAUCUUGCAUCUCUCCAAGUCAAUUCCAAGAGGGAGCUGUAUCUAUUUUGACCGCUACUUCUCGUCGAUACCCUUGCUUGAAAAGUUGAACACCAUUGGCCUGCACGGCACAGCGACGCUAAUGAUGAACCGAUUACCAGAGCGAAAGAACAUCGAUUUUAAACCCGAUCGCAGAAUGCAGCGCGGUGAAUCACAGUAG